CAGCACACGAAACCCCCACUAACACUGGCGCGCCCUAGCAUCUACAUGACCCGCCAAGAUAGAGACCCCAUAUCAAACGCCGAUUCAUACAAUUCCGGUGCCGGGAUCCCAAGCCCUCAUUCCUUUUUUUGCUUCUAGAAAGCGGCAGACUACAUGACAAAAGACGAAUUGGCCAUUUAGAUAACGAUGAGAAUACACCAUCACCCAUUGCAUAAAUAGACAACCAAUCCUGUGUCUCUCCUCUGCCUACAUUCGUACUCUUCUUUCACCACAACAACAACCUCAUCCCAUAUAUCAACCACCAUGGCUACCACCAGAAUAGGCUUCCUCGGCCUCGGCGUCAUGGGCUCUCCCAUGGCCAUCAACCUCGCCCGCCAAUUCCCUCUCACCGUAUGGAACCGCUCCCAGGGCAAACUCCCACCCCUCAUCCAAGCCGGAGCCCGCGUCGCCGACUCACCAGCCGCCGUGCUCGCCCAAUCCGACGUCGUCUUCACCAUGCUCUUCAACGAUGCCGCCUAUGCCCCCGUCUUUGAAAGCCCCGACUUCCAGGCCAACCUGCGCGGCAAGACUGUCAUCAACACCUCCUCCAUCUCCGUCGACUGCAGCACGCGGCUCUCCGACAUUGUCGCGGCUGCCGGCGGCACCUUUAUCGAGAUGCCCGUCAGCGGCUCCAAGGUACCUGCUGAGAUGGGCCAGCUUGUCGGCAUGGUCGCAGGUGAUAAGGAUGCCGUCGAUGCUGUCCGGCCGCUGCUCAAGCCCAUCACAAAGACGGCCAUCUACUGCGGCCCCGUUGGCAUGGGCCUCAAGACAAAGUACGCCAUCAACACGUUUCUCAUCACCACAACGGCUGGCUUGGCCGAGUCUAUGCACUUGGCCAGACGGCAGGGCCUCGAUCUCGAUGCCUUUGCGCAGGUCGUAGACGCAAGCCCCAUGGCGUCAGCUUACUCCAAGCUCAAGGUUAACAAGAUGAUGGCUGAGGACUGGAGCGCACAAGCUGCUAUACAAGAUUGCUAUAAUCUCACGCGUCUGGUGGUGGACGCAUCGAAAACUGCCGGUGCGCGCAGUCCCUUUAUGGAACUCUGCGCAACCAUGUACAAGGAGGCCAUUGAUGCUGGAUUGGAGGGCGAUGACAUGAUUGCCCUGGAAAAGCUCUUUACAAAGAUUCAGACAAAGCAGGCACAGUAAUCAGGUGCGUUUUCAUAACG